AUGGCUGGGCAAGCUGGCUUGUGGGGGCGCACCACUCUUUGGUGCCUUUGGCCUGCAGCAACGGGUGCCGAGGAGCUCAACCCGCGAUUCCUUAGCAACGCCAUGUGGUGCACGACAGUUUCGCAAGCUCAGAGCUCCUCCUCGAUGGAUGCAGCUACCAAGGCUUCGUUCCGGAAAAUGCAGGCGCUCAAUGCCCAGGACUUGGCUAACAGCCUGUGGCCGAUGGCAGCGCCCAAGGCGAAAGACAAAGACUUCACUGAGGAGGUGGCUGCAGCUGCCAUGAAGAACUUGCGCUGUCUCAGCCCUCAGGGCCUGUCCAACCUUUCGCAGGCCCCAGCAGCGUUGGUGUUUCUUGGCUUGCCCCCGGCGUCUGCAGCUGCCACUGUCUGCGCAGGCGCUGCAUCAGCAUCCAACUCCCAAGAACCCGCCAAUGCUGCCCGAGCUUUGGCCACGACGAAAGCUGCUGGGACCACUGCAUUUGCAGAGGUUUGA